AUGCUUGCAGGAACAAGCCCAGUGCACAAUGAACAGGUCUGUAGCACGUGGGGUAACUACCAUUUCAAGACGUUUGAUGGAGACAUCUUCCAGCUCCCGUCCAGCUGCAACUACGUCCUGGCCUCUCAGUGCAAGAGCAGCUAUGAGGAUUUCAACAUCCAAAUGAGGAGGGAGCUGGAGAAUGGCCUCCCGACCAUCAGCAAGAUCACCAUGGUUCUGGAGGGCACCGUAGUGGAGCUGGUGAAGGGCUCUGUCUCCGUAAAUGGAAAACUUGUGAUACUGCCAUUCAGUGAAUCAGGGGUUCUCAUUGAGAAGAGCUCAUCCUACAUCAACAUCAAGGCAAAGCUGGGGCUCUUGGCCAAUUGGAAUGAGGAUGAUGCCUUUAUGGUGGAACUGGACAAGAAAUAUGCAAACCAAACUUGUGGGUUGUGUGGAGACUUCAAUGGUGUCCAGACACACAAUGAGUUUGUCACAAAGGGUGUGCCCAUUUCUAAUCUUGACUAUGGAAGCCUCUGGAAGCUGGAUGGUCCAACUGAAACCUGUACAGAGCCAAUUACACCUGAACCAACGUGCAAAGAUAUGACGUCUGUAUGUGAGCAGCUGCUCUCCAGCCCUGCCUUUGAAAGCUGUAAAGCCGUAGUGAACGCCGACUCAUUCAUCAAGGCCUGUGCGAGGGACCUCUGCCUGUGUGCCAACAGCUCUGACUCCUUCUGCCUGUGCGGCACCAUUUCUGAGUACUCACGUCAGUGCAUCCAUGCCGGAGGAAAACCCAGCGAAUGGAGAACAGAACAGUUCUGCUCAAAAUCAUGCCCCUCCAACAUGGUGCACCAGGAGUGUGGAAGCCCGUGUGUGGACACCUGCUCAAACCCUGACAGAGGACAGGUGUGUGAGGAGCACUGCAUGGAUGGAUGCUUCUGCCCACCAGGCACUGUGUUUGAUGAUGUCACUGGGAAGGGCUGCAUCAGCUCAACAAAGUGCUCCUGCAGCAACAACGGAAACAUAUACCAACCUGGAGAGUCUUAUUCCAGCAACUGUAAACACUGUACCUGUGGUGGUGGCCAGUGGAGCUGUAUAGAGAAGGACUGCCCAGCAACAUGCUCUGUGGAGGGAGGCUCCCACUUCUUCACCUAUGAUGGGAAAGCCUACACUUUCCAUGGGGACUGUACCUAUGUCCUCACCAAGCAAUGUAAUGGGGCCGACUUCACAGUGCUUGGGGAUCUUGUCAGGUGUGGUUUGACAGACACAGAGACUUGUCUGAAGGCUUUGACGUUGGCAGUUUCUGGAGAUACUGUGAUUAAUAUCCAGUCCAAUGGAAAAGUUUUUGUAAACAGGAAGUACUCUCAGUUGCCCCUGUCUACAGGAGAACUCAGCAUCUUCAAGCCAUCCUCCUUUUACAUUGUCAUUCAUACCAACAUUGGACUCAGUUUGGAAAUCCAACUUGUACCAAUCAUGCAGGUUUACAUCACUGCCAACCCCACAUUCCAGGGGCAGACAUGUGGACUGUGUGGGAACUUUAACAACAUGCAAGCUGAUGACUUCACAACCAUCAGUGGACUGAGAGAGGGCACUGCUGUGGACUUUGCCAACACCUGGAAGACAAGAGCUAGCUGUCCAGACGUGAAGAGAAGCUUUGAAAAUCCCUGCAGUUUGAGUGUUGAAAAUGAGCGGUAUGCCCAAUACUGGUGUUCCAUGCUGACUGAUCCGGCAGGAGUUUUUUCUCCGUGCCACUCAGAAAUCAGCCCAGACAUCUACAAAACAAACUGCAUGUACGACAGCUGCAACUGUGAGAAGAGUGAGGACUGCAUGUGUGCUGCUCUCUCAUCCUAUGUGCAUGCAUGUGCAGCUAAAGGCAUCCAGCUGAACGGGUGGAGAGACACAACCUGCAACAAAUACACCAACUCCUGCCCAAGCAACACUGUCUACUCCUACAACAUGACAAACUGUGGCCGUACCUGCCGUUCCCUCAACCAGAAUGAUUACUCGUGCCACAUUGACUUUGUGCCAGUAGAUGGCUGUGGCUGUAAGGAAGACACCUACAUGAAUGAUCGAGGGGACUGUGUGGCUGCUACCAGCUGCCCUUGUUAUGAUGGCAACACUGUGAUACCAUCCGGAGAGGUCAUAAGUAAAGAUGGAACCACAUGCACAUGCAAACAAGGACAACUGCAUUGCAUUGGUAAACUGCAAGCCAUGUUAAUAACAUGUCCUGAGCCCAUGGUGUACUUCAACUGCUCCAGUGCUGGCCCUGGAGCCAAAGGUUCAGAGUGCCAAAAGAGCUGCAACACUCUGGACAUGGCCUGUAUAAGCACAGAAUGUGUGUCGGGAUGCAUGUGUCCCUCUGGCCUUGUCACCGAUGGAAAAGGAGGAUGUAUUAGCGAGGAUGAUUGCCCCUGCACCCAUAAUAGUGUUCUAUACCAGCCUGGAGAGACUAUCAAGGUUGACUGCAAUACCUGUGUUUGUAAGGACAGAAAAUGGCAGUGCACUUUCAACCAGUGCCACGGCACUUGUACCGUCUAUGGGGAUGGACAUUACAUCACUUUUGAUGAAAAACUGUACACGUUCAGUGGAGGCUGUGAAUACAUUCUUGCCCAGGAUUUCUGUUCCAACAACAAAGACAAUGGCACAUUCAGAGUCAUCACUGAGAAUAUCCCAUGUGGAACAACAGGCACCACCUGUUCAAAAUCCAUCAAGAUUUUCUUGGGUAACACUGAGCUGAUUCUGACGGACGGGAGUUACCAGGUGGUCCAAAGAGACUCAGGAGAGCAAAUACCCUACAAAACCCGCAUUAUGGGAAUCUACCUGGUUAUUGAAGCCGAUAAUGGCCUUAUUCUUAUAUGGGACAAGAAAACAAGCAUGUUUAUAAGGCUCAGUCCAGAAUUUAAUGGUCGCGUCUGUGGUCUGUGUGGAAACUACGAUGGUAACACCAACAAUGACUUCACCACAAGAAGCCAAGAAGUCGUUAUUGAUGCCCAGACAUUUGGUAACAGCUGGACGUUCUCUUCAAGCUGUCCAGAAUCAAUGGUUGCUGUGAGCCCGAUGCUUGCUGCGAGCCAAGUGCUUGCUGUGAGCUCAGCGGCUGCUGUGAGCCCAUGCGCUAAUAAUCCCUACCGGCAGUCCUGGGCUCAAAGACAGUGUAGCAUCAUCACAGGCACGGUCUUCUCCUCCUGCCACUCUCAGGUGGAUCCCUCGACUUACUAUGAUGCUUGCGUGAGUGACUCAUGUGCCUGUGAUACUGGUGGAGACUGUGAGUGUUUCUGCACUGCAGUGGCCGCUUAUGCAGCCGCUUGUAAUGAAGCUGGAGCCUGUGUAGCCUGGAGAACCCCAAAGAUCUGCCCUCUCUUCUGUGAUUACUACAACCCACCUGGUGAGUGUGAGUGGCACUACAAACCCUGUGGAGCUCCAUGCAUGAAGACCUGCAGGAAUCCCACUGGGCAGUGCUCUCAACAGAUACCAGCGCUUGAGGGUUGUUAUCCUCAAUGCCCCUCUGAUCAGCCAUACUUGGAUGAAGAUCAGAUGAAGUGUGUGGAGAGAGAGGCAUGUGGCUGUUAUGUUGGAGAGAUUCAAUUCAGCUACGGACAGAGUGUACCCACCAAUGAGUCCUGUCAGACAUGCUAUUGUUCAUCAACUGGAGUUCAGUGCCACUACGAUGUCAAUGCAUGCAUUUGCACAGUAAAUGGCCAGGAAUACCACUAUGGAUCAGUUCUCUACAAUACAACAGACGGGCUAGGUGGUUGUAUAACAGCCAUUUGCGGUGUAAACGGAACAAUUGAAAGGCACCUUGAACCUUGUGACAUGACCACAUCUAUCCCUACAUCAACACCAAUAAGUUCAACAACAGCUGUGCCUCUUACAACAGUCUUUGUCUUUACCUCAACAGGUGAUUGUUACCACAACAACAGGCAAAUAACGACAACAACUGUAUUUGAGACAACAACAGAGGGAAUUACAUCAACUAGGCCACCAAAGGUUGAGACUACACUGCCAACAACUUCCUCAACAACACAGAUUGUUGUAGACACAACAACAACUAGGUCGCCAUCAACUUCUACUGAAACACCUGUCUCAAGCACAGAAACCUCAACUUCCGCUGUGAUUACAUCUGGUCCAACUACUGCCACCACCACAACAAAAGCACCUACAACAACAGCUCAAGCUGAAACUACAACAGCGGAAUCUGCCACAACAUCUACUAAUCCACCAAGGGUUGAAACUACUGGGCCAACAACAGCAUCUACAACGAUUAUUGUGGAAGAAACCACCACAACAGGUAAACUAUCAACAUCAAGCGCAACUGCUGGGCCAAGCACACAAACUUCAGGCCCUGUUGUAACAUCAAAACCCACAGUUGUUACCACAACAACAGGCAAGCCAACGACAACAACUGAAUUUGAGACAACAACAGAGGGAAUUACAUCAACUAGGCCACCAAAGGUUGAGACUACACUGCCAACAACUUCCUCAACAACACAGAUUGUUGUAGACACAACAACAACUAGGUCGCAAUCAACUUCUACUGAAACACCUUUCUCAAGCACAGAAACCUCAACUUCCGCUGUGAUUACAUCUGGUCCAACUACUGCAACCACCACAACAAAAGCACCUACAACAACAGCUCAAGCUGAAACUACAACAGAGGAAUCUGCCACAACAUCUACUAAUCCACCAAGGGUUGAAACUACUGGGCCAACAACAGCAUCUACAACGAUUAUUGUGGAAGAAACCACCACAACAGGUAAACUAUCAACAUCAAGCGCAACUGCUGGGCCAAGCACACAAACUUCAGGCCCUGUUGUAACAUCAAAACCCACAGUUGUUACCACAACAACAGGCAAGCCAACGACAACAACUGUAUUUGAGACAACAACAGAGGGAAUUACAUCAACUAGGCCACCAAAGGUUGAGACUACACUGCCAACAACUUCCUCAACAACUAGAUCACCAUCACCUCCACAGAGAUGACAACAGUUAAAACAUCUCUUGAACCAGUGACAGCUACUUUACCUGUGAUAACGCUGACAACAGAAGGGAGAGUAAGUCAAACUGCACAAGUUUCUACGAC